GGCUCGCGGCUGUUUCCUGGUAGCUGGAACUCAGGCGCCCCUCCGUUUCGUCCGGGUCAUGGCCCAUCGUCCGCUAGUACCCACAGUGUUCCCCAGUCUGAUCCAUGUCUCCUGGUUUGUCCUCUGGUCUUCUACUCCUGUCCCUGGUGUCCCUUUCCUCUUUCCUGAUUUCUUCACUCGGACCUCACUGACCACUGUUUUAUACUCUCUUUCCAGUUCCCAUCAGACGCUUCCAGACUCCAAGUUUUCCUAGGAAUGAGGGAAAAUGGAGGAAAGGCACAUGUCAGAGAACCCCCACCCUAAUAAAGAGCACUUGCUCCGUCAAAGCAGCAAACUUCAUGCCAUGUGGGCAUCCCCUGGGCACUACAGCAAGCUAGUUUCGGCCACUCCUUUGGCAUCCUUUCCCGCCAGAUGUGGAAUAAUGCUUACUGUCUGGCACUGCCCCUGCGAGGGGUUCCUGCCUUCCCCGACUGUGGCUUCCAGAAAACAGUAGCAUUCGGUAGUGCUGUGUAUUCAGGCACUGAAUACAACGGGAUGACAGGGGAGAGGGAGGCACCUGGGGGAGAGGACUAUUACGCAGGCACAGGAGGCAGGGAGGCCUCCAGGGCUCUUUCCCAGUGACCCUGGUUCCAGGAGCUGGUGAUGCCUCCAGGAAGAUUGGCAGUUCUUUGUUUCACACCCCCCCUCACCCUCCUGCUGCCCCCCCCAAACUCCCCCCUCCGUCCCUCCGCCCCCCGCUCCUGCUCUCUCCGCCUAGCCUUGUCCCCUCCCAGCCGCCUGCUUGCCAGGGGUAGUGAGCCGGCUGAGCGGCAUGGAGACGCCGGAACUUCGGGGGGCCCUGGCUCUUCUCCUCCUUUGCUCUUUCGCAUCUGCCAGUCAGGACCUGCAGGGUCUCCUGGCCGCCGAAGGACAGGACAGGGGUGGAGACCAAGAGUAAUUGACCUGCUGACUGUGGGCGAGUCCCGGCAGAUGGUAGCUGUGGCAGAGAAGAUCCGGACAGCCCUGCUCACUGCUGGGGACAUCUACCUCUUGUCCACCUUCCGCCUGCCCCCCAAGCAGGGUGGUGUCCUCUUUGGCCUCUACUCUCGUCAAGACAACACACGAUGGCUGGAGGCCUCUGUUGUGGGCAAGAUCAACAAAGUACUGGUGCGGUAUCAGCGGGAGGAUGGCAAAGUCCACGCAGUGAACCUACAGCAAGCAGGCCUGGCUGAUGGGCGCACACACACGGCUCUCCUGCGACUUCGAGGUCCGUCCCGACCCAGCCCUGCCCUGCAGCUCUAUGUGGACUGCAAAUUGGGUGACCAACAUGCUGGACUUCCAGCACUGGCCCCCAUUCCUCCAGCAGAGGUUGAUGGGCUGGAGAUUAGGACUGGACAGAAGGCUUAUUUGAGGAUGCAGGGCUUUGUGGAAUCUAUGAAAAUUAUUCUUGGCGGGUCCAUGGCCCGGGUAGGAGCCCUGAGUGAGUGUCCAUUCCAAGGGGACGAGUCCAUCCACAGUACAGUGACCAAUGCACUGCACUCCAUCCUAGGGGAGCAGACCAAGGCGCUUGUCACGCAACUCACCCUCUUCAACCAGAUCCUGGUGGAGCUGCGGGAUGAUAUCCGAGACCAGGUGAAGGAAAUGUCCCUGAUCCGAAACACCAUCAUGGAGUGUCAGGUGUGCGGUUUCCACGAGCAGCGUUCCCACUGCAGCCCCAACCCCUGCUUCCGAGGCGUGGACUGCAUGGAAGUGUACGAGUACCCUGGCUACCGCUGUGGGCCCUGCCCCCCAGGCCUGCAGGGCAAUGGCACCCACUGCAGUGACAUCAAUGAGUGUGCUCAUGCUGACCCGUGUUUCCCAGGCUCCAGCUGCAUCAACACCAUGCCCGGCUUCCACUGUGAGGCCUGUCCUCGAGGGUACAAGGGCACACAGGUGUCUGGUGUGGGCAUCGAUUAUGCCCGGGCCAGCAAACAGGUCUGCAACGACAUUGAUGAAUGCAAUGAUGGUAACAAUGGUGGCUGUGACCCAAACUCCAUCUGCACCAACACUGUGGGCUCUUUCAAGUGUGGUCCCUGCCGCCUGGGUUUCCUGGGCAACCAGAGCCAGGGCUGCUUCCCAGCCCAGACCUGCCACAGCCCAGCCCACAGCCCCUGCCACGUCCAUGCUCACUGUCUCUUUGAACGCAACGGUGCAGUAUCCUGCCAGUGUAACGUGGGCUGGGCAGGAAACGGGAACGUGUGUGGGCCUGACACAGACAUCGACGGCUACCCAGACCAGGCACUACCCUGCAUGGAUAACAAUAAACACUGCAAGCAGGACAACUGCCUUUUGACACCCAACUCUGGGCAGGAAGAUGCUGAUAAUGAUGGUGUGGGGGACCAGUGUGAUGAUGAUGCUGAUGGGGAUGGGAUCAAAAAUGUUGAGGACAACUGCCGGCUAUUCCCCAAUAAAGACCAGCAGAACUCCGAUACAGAUUCAUUUGGUGAUGCCUGUGACAAUUGCCCUAACGUUCCCAACAAUGACCAGAAGGACACAGAUGGCAAUGGAGAAGGAGAUGCCUGUGACAACGACGUGGAUGGGGAUGGCAUCCCCAAUGGAUUGGACAAUUGCCCUAAAGUCCCCAACCCACUACAGACAGACAGGGAUGAGGAUGGAGUGGGAGAUGCUUGUGACAGCUGCCCUGAAAUGAGCAAUCCUACCCAGACAGAUGCAGACAGCGACCUGGUAGGGGAUGUCUGUGACACCAACGAAGACAGCGAUGGGGAUGGGCAUCAGGACACCAAGGACAACUGCCCACAGUUGCCGAAUAGCUCCCAGCUGGACUCAGACAAUGAUGGACUUGGAGAUGAGUGUGAUGGGGAUGAUGACAAUGAUGGUGUCCCAGAUUAUGUGCCUCCUGGUCCUGAUAACUGUCGCCUGGUACCCAAUCCCAAUCAGAAAGACUCAGAUGGCAAUGGUGUUGGUGAUGUGUGUGAGGACGACUUUGACAAUGAUGCAGUGGUCGACCCCCUGGAUGUGUGUCCCGAAAGUGCAGAGGUAACCCUCACGGAUUUUCGGGCCUAUCAGACCGUCGUCCUGGAUCCUGAGGGUGAUGCUCAGAUUGACCCAAACUGGGUUGUGCUCAACCAGGGCAUGGAAAUUGUUCAGACCAUGAACAGUGACCCCGGCCUAGCAGUUGGAUACACAGCCUUCAAUGGUGUGGACUUUGAAGGCACCUUCCACGUGAACACAGUGACUGAUGAUGACUAUGCAGGCUUUCUCUUCAGUUAUCAGGACAGCGGCCGUUUCUACGUGGUUAUGUGGAAGCAGACGGAACAGACCUACUGGCAGGCCACACCUUUCCGGGCUGUUGCCCAGCCUGGGCUACAGCUCAAGGCAGUGACAUCAGUGUCUGGCCCAGGCGAACAACUCCGGAAUGCCUUGUGGCAUACUGGCCACACCCCUGAUCAGGUACGAUUGCUGUGGACUGACCCACGAAAUGUGGGCUGGCGUGACAAGACCUCCUAUCGUUGGCAGCUGCUGCAUCGACCUCAAGUUGGCUACAUUAGGGUGAAGCUUUAUGAAGGUCCCCAGCUAGUGGCAGAUUCUGGGGUGAUCAUUGACACUUCCAUGCGAGGGGGGCGUCUUGGUGUAUUCUGCUUCUCCCAAGAAAACAUCAUUUGGUCCAAUCUCCAGUAUCGAUGCAAUGACACAGUACCGGAGGACUUUGAGCCAUUCCGGAGGCAGCUGCUCCAAGGAAGGGUGUGAGGAGGUGGACACCAGAUUCAGAAUCCUGAUUUGAGACCAUUUGGCCUUGGGGUCCGUCCUGGAGACCCUGGGGUCUAAGCUCCAGCCCCUUAGCCAAACACAGACCCUCCUCUGGCACCCGUCAGGAGUUUAGCCCCAGAGGGGUUGUGACCCCACGGUUCAGGGGAUGGGACGUUUUCAAGGGGUAUAACUCAGGCACUAACCCCAGGAACAAUACCAGUAC